AUGACUGAAGAAGCGAACAGUAUCCCAUUUUCAGAUAGCAAAUUUAAACAACAAAAAGUCCCUGCAAUGAAGCCUUUUCUGACUCCUUUCUUUGCUGCCAUGAUUUAUUUGAUUUUUUCGAUUAUAUCUUUAAUAAUCGGCAUUGUUGUUUUCUCUUCAAAUAAAAAUAUUUUCGAAUACAAACAAAAUUAUGAUUGCCACGCAAAUGGUACAUGUUCAGUGAAAUUUGUUCUGGAUAAAGAAAUUAAAGGAGAUCUCAAGCUUUAUUAUCAACUUGAGAACUUCUUCCAGAACCAUUUAGCAUAUGCUCAUUCAAAGAGUUGGGAUAUGCUCAAAGGAAAUAAUUUUUCGAGUAAAAAAGCAACUUCCCAGUGCAAGCCGGACGUUGCUGGACCAACAAAUGUACCAUGCGGACUUCUACCAAUGACUGUAUUCAAUGAUACAUUCGUUAUUGCUUCUGAUAACAUUACAAUGAAAGAAAAAGAGAUUACACAAAAAACAUACAAGAAAAUCUUCCAUCAAUCGAUGAAUUUAACAAACCCAGAACUGAAUUACUGGCUUCGUAAUAACCGAUCCCUUACAUUCCCUGGAGAACAAGAAAAUGAGCAUUUCAUCAAUUGGCUUCAAGUUUCUCCUCUAAAGACAUUCAGAAAGCUUUACGGAUACGUUUCUCAUAGUUCUGGAGUAUUUCCAAAGGGAACUGAAAUCGAAAUCGCAAUUAUCGAUAACUAUCCAAUAAAUAAGGCCAAUUUCAAGAAGUACUUGGUUCUUGCACAGACAAACUUCCUUGGAUGCAAGAAUAACUUCUUUGGAACAUAUUUUAUUGUUUUAGCUGUUUUCUCAUUUAUUGCUGCAGCUGUCUUCGAAGUAUUGUAUCUAACAAAGACUCUACCAUUGUAUAAGCAACUUAGAAUUACAAAUGAUAGAAGCGAAACUGCUAUGCCACUUAUUUAA